GUGUCUUGUGUCUGCAUCGCAUCUGAUUUUUAGUAGUAAUCAUGGCAGACGUAAAGUUUACAUCUCGUGCCUAUUGUAAAAUGAUUUUACAUGCUGCAAAAUAUCCCCACUGUGCAGUGAAUGGUGUAUUAUUAUCAGAGUGCUCCAAAUCCAAAGACUCCAAGAAAAGCCAAAAUAUUGCUUUUCUGGAUGCUGUGCCACUAUUUCAUCAGUGUUUACAUGUAUCGCCUAUGGCGGAGAUAGCUUUAACACAGAUUGACCAUUGGGCUAGUUCGGAAGGCCUAGUCGUAUCAGGGUAUUACGUAGCCAACGAGAAUUUACGAGACACCAGUAUAGAUAAGCCUGCAAAUAGAAUAGCUGAUAAAAUAGCGGAACAUUUUAACUCCGCUUGUUUAGUUGUUAUUGACAACAGGCAGUUGAAUUUAUUAAUGGAUGAACCGGCGUUAAUAGUUUCACAGUACGCAGACGUCAAGUGGAAACCUCUGGAGAAGACGAGUUGGAUGUUGUCGGAGACAUGUCAGGACGCGGCGGCCACACUGCUGGAGACAGGCUGUCAAGAGGACAUCGUAGACUUUGACAACCACCUGGACAACAUCACUCUGGAUUGGAGAAACAAACCAACCAAUCAGCUGAUCGACAAAUACUAACCAUUCCAUUACACGUCUUGUUAUUGUUUCAUAUCAUUGUGUACAUUAUAGUAAUAUAUGGUUUAUUGUGUUA